AUGGCCGCAGGCAAUUUUACUCCUGUUACCGAGUUCAUUUUUUUGGGACUGACAGAUCAAGAAGAAUUGAAAGUCGUGCUUUUUGUGCCGUUCCUGGGGAUUUACAUCAUUACGUUGGUGGGCAAUGUGAGCAUGAUCCUCUUAAUCCAAAUCUCCCCGAAGCUCAGCACACCGAUGUACUUUUUUCUUAGUUGCCUCUCAUUUGUAGAUGCCUGCUAUUCCUCCGUCAUUGCACCAAAAUUGCUGAUCACCCUAUUGGUGGUGAGGGAAACCAUCUCCUUCUCCGGCUGCAUCAUACAGCAUUUGUUUUUUGGGGUGUUCAUCACCACGGAAGGCUUCCUGCUCUCAGUGAUGGCUUACGAUCGUUAUGUGGCCAUUGCCAACCCUCUCCUGUACAACAUGGCCAUGUCUCGGAGAAAGUGUGUAGCCCUCGCUGUUGGUUCCUACACAGGUGGACUGAUCAACUCCCUGACACACACAGUAAGCUUGGGGAGACUGUCCUUUUGUGGGCCCAAUGUCGUGGGUCACUUCUUCCGCGACAUUCCUCCACUGCUGAAGCUGUCAUGUUCUGACACCUCCCUGAAUGAGUUUUUGCUCUUACUCUUCUCUGGAGUCAUCGCAAUGGCCACUUUCUUGAUUGUGAUCAUUUCCUACAUAUUCAUUGCCUUUGCUAUUCUGCGAAUCUGCUCAGCUUCAGGCAGACGGAAAGCCUUCUCCACCUGCACCUCUCACCUGACUGCUGUGACCAUAUUCUAUGGCACCUUAAGCUUUAAUUACAUUCAGCCAAGCUCCCGGUAUUCUGUGCAGCAGGAAAAGGUGGUUUCUGUGUUCUAUACAUUAGUGAUUCCCAUGUUAAACCCACUGAUUUACAGCCUCAGGAACAAAGAGGUAAAAGAUGCUGUGAAAUGGGCCGUAGAUAUCAAAUAUUUCUCAGGUUAA